AUGAUGUUAAAUUAUACUAACAAAUCAAAGACUAAUAUCUUUUUCCUGGCGGCUGCUUCAGAUCUUGUCGGGCAAUUGAUCGCUCCGUCGCUAGCUGCUUUAUUGAUGGCCAAGUCUCCAUGGAUCCCAAUUUUACUAGGAAUAUCGUUUUUGACUCUCGGGAGUCUCCUCAUAUUAUUCGUUCCAGAAACUCUACACAUGCAACAUCGGAGAACUAAUACUUCGCAUCCGCGAAACUCUCUCUUCGCCACGAUAAAACACAAAUUUUCACAUACGCUCCGAACACUCCAAUCAUCUCUCUCGAUUCUCAACUCUGCACCUCUAGUUUUACUCCUUAUCACUUUCAUCAUCAAUCCUCUUACUAGCCAAUCUGUCGAUAUAUCGCUUCGCUACAUAAGCAAACCGCUUCCACUUUCCUCUUCGUUUAAGCUCCUUCCUGUGGUCCCUCCACGCUGCCGUGCAAAUCAUAUUAUUUCUCCUCAUUCUCUCCUUUCUAUCAAAAAUCAUGAUCACGUAUUUCAAAAUCCCCUCCUCGAAGAAAGACCUUCACCUCGCUCGCGCCUCUAUUCUUAUUCUCACACUCGGUUCACUCUUGAUCGCCCUAGCCUCAACUCUUCCGUUAGCUAUCCUAGGGAUGUCAUUGAUCGACAACACAAGGGACAGCUGUAUGUGGCAGUGGCAGUGGUCGAGACAACUGGAAGACUCAUCGCGGGACCGUGCUUUGCGCAACUUUAUAUUGUGGGAUUGGGAUUGAAAGGAAUUUGGGUGGGGCUACCAUUCUUUGGACUGAGUCUCAUAUGUGGUUUAGGAGGGGUGGCCAUCUGGACCGCUGGCUGGGUGAUGAGCAGGAGGAAGUGGGUUUGGGAAGAUGGCGAGGAGGGGGAGCAAUAA